CGUCGCAUGUACACUGAGAGCCUCCUCACACACGGAGGAGAUGUGUUUGAGUAUAGAGUAGCCUCAUUCUGGCACAUAAUGUCACGCAGGCUGCAUUUAUUUAGACCUGAAACAGCUUCUGUAACCAACUGAUUGAGAUGAAUACUCUGUGUACACACAGUCACGUCAUUUGGACAAAUAGUUUCUUUUGGAUAAAUUUGACAGCAAUAUCAGCUCUCCAAAAAGAAUGAAUAAGAUGAAUCCGUCCAGCGUUUCCAUGCAACAGCGCAGGAGGCUGUGAAGCCACGGAGCAUUGUGAGCGACGGCACUGUAGAUCUGGUUGGGGUCUCUGAAGGAAUCCUGUGCGACUUCUUAAAGCCAAUGGAGCGUCAAAAUGAUGGAGAUGGGCAUGUUGGGAGCUUAAAGCAGCACGAUAGUGCAGAGGAGCCCGGUUCUCCUCCCCUUGCUUGUGAGCACUGCCCGCAGCAGGAGCCCGCUAUGAUGAGGAGGAGUGACAACUACCUGCCAGUCCCUGGCAAAGAGAAGGGCAUGGAUGUGGACUUUGUCAACACCAAGGCCAGGAACGAGUCCAUAGUUUAUGAGGUACUAAAGAGGACGAGAUGCACCAGAGCCAAAUACUCCAUGGGGAUCACCAGUCUGCUAGCUAAUGGUGUCUAUACAUCUGCUUAUCCUCUGCACGAUGGAGAUAUCGAAGGGGUGAAUGCAGAACCUAAUGACAGGAAGCUUCUGUAUGAGGAGUGGGCCAGCUACAGCGUCUUUUACAAGUACCAGCCUAUUGGACUCAUCAGGAAGUAUUUCGGGGAGAAGGUUGGACUGUAUUUUGCCUGGUUAGGAGUCUACACACAGAUGCUAAUUCCUGCAGCCAUCGUUGGAGUCAUUGUAUUCCUCUACGGCUGUGCCACUGUGGAUGACAACAUUCCAAGUAUGGAGAUUUGUGAUCCCAGGAACAACAUUACCAUGUGUCCGCUGUGCGACCGCGCCUGCAGCUACUGGAAGCUGGUGACAGCAUGUGGUACAGCUCGAGCCAGCCACCUGUUCGACAACCCAGCCACCGUCUUCUUCUCCAUCUUUAUGGCCCUUUGGGCGGUUCUCUUCAUGGAACACUGGAAGAGACGGCAGAUGCGGUUAAACUACGUCUGGGACCUGACAGGAUUCGGAGAGGAGGAGGAGGAGGAACAUAAGGACCACAACCGAGCCGAGUACGAGUUCCGGGUCAUGCAAAAGACAAUGAGACAGGAACAUUCAACACCGAAGGGUGAGAAGGUGAAGCUGACAUGCACAGACAGAUUGCCAGCUUACCUGACUACUGUGGUCAUGAUGGGCUUUAUGCCCAUGCAGGCUGCCUCAUGGAGCUGUGCAUCCAGUUGUGUAUCACCAUGCUUGGCAAGCAGCUCAUCCAGAACAACUUGUUCGAGAUGCAUACCUGGGAAGAGCCGGGGCUCCAACCACCAACCUCCCAGAAGCUAAAGAAACUGCUCCGAAGAAGGAAGUCAGAUUUGGACUCAAAGCAAGAGGAGGAGCUGAACAAAACCCUGCAGCGCCACGAGAAAGACCACAUCCUGGGUCCUUUUGUUGGCCUCAGCCCGGAGUACAUGGAGAUGAUCAUCCAGUUUGGGAUGGUGACACUUUUCGUCGCCUCCUUCCCUCUGGCUCCACUCUUUGCUCUUCUGAACAACAUCAUUGAAAUCCGCCUGGAUGCCAAGAAGUUUGUUAUGGAGCUGCGCAGGCCGAUUGCAGCCAAAGCCAAGGACAUUGGUAUCUGGUACAACCUGUUGAGAGGCCUCAGCAAGGUAGCAGUCAUUGUUAAUGCCUUUGUCAUUUCCUUCACCUCUGACUUCAUCCCACGCCUGGUCUACCAGUACAUGUACAGCCCCGACGGCACCAUGCAUGGCUUUGUCAAUCACACUCUGUCUUAUUUCAACGUCACUGACUUCCAGAAAGGCACACACCCUCUCCAGCCGAUGCACCUAGGCUACAAGGUAGAAACAUGCAGAUAUAAGGACUACAGGGAGCCUCCAUGGUCCAGCACACCGUAUGAACUCUCUAAGGAGUUCUGGGCCGUUCUGGCCGCACGUCUUGCCUUUGUCAUUGUCUUUCAGAAUGUGGUGAUGCUGAUGAGUGACUUUGUGGACUGGCUGAUCCCAGACAUCCCCAAGGACAUCAGCCUGCAGAUGCACAAGGAGAAGAUCCUGAUGGUGGAGCUCUUUAUGAAGGAGGAGCAGGGCAAAAGGCUUGCAGCACGGGACAACCAAAACCGGGACAACUACACCUCCCUGUCGUCAGCCAAUCAGAGUCCACCACAGCCCCGCUCACGACCCGUCUCGCACGCAAACUGCAGUUAGACUGCUAGCUGCCGGUGUCUGAGAAAACAAGCAAGAACAGCAACAAGCAAACACUACACCUGUAUACAAACUGUAAAUAAGUUAAUCAGCUGCUUAAAGCUAGUUGGUAAACAUAAUACACAUAAUCUGUUUUAAUAAUCAGCAAAGCUUUUGCUGCGUUAUAUAUUUGCAGCAAUAACAUGAGAGUUCAAACCUUAGCUCUGAUGCGUUCACAUUAGAAUUCCUUUACAUUCGAAACUCGCUGUUUGCCGCUUUCUCACACUUUCCCAAUGUUAAGAUGUUACUUUUACAGCAAGCCAGACAUUGCGUGGUCACCCAUUAACCAAAUCCAACAGUAGUUAGAUGAUCCCAAAACAUUAUAUAUUGGAUGUAUUUGAAAGGAACAAGCCAUUAGCUUUAUUUGACUCUGGGAAACUUUGUUGUUGAGAUGAGAUCAUCAUACAGGACUCCUGAGAAAGCAGUGCCAAACCUAAUGUGAAUCACAUUUCCAAGCCGUAAGCUCAUAUCUGUCACCUCUCUCACGGUGCUUGAAUGCAGUUUUUGUAUAAAACACAGCCUCCGUCAAUCCGUCCAUGUCGUCCUGCUGAGAAGACUGCCCUCCUGGUAUCUGAGAUACAAAACACAAGAAGAUCCUCCCUCCUGCCAUCAGUGUGUAAAGCUCUGAUAGGCCUUUUUUUUUUUUUUGCACAAUUAUAUUUAAAUGCAGCAAUUUAUUCAUGUACUUUUUUGAAUAUGCAGCAUGGUCAGGGACACGUACUUUGAUUGUUUGGGUGAACAGCAAGGUUUUUGGAAGACCUUCUGUGUCAAGUGGCCUGUUGAUUUUUACUAUUCUCUUGUAUAAGUAUAAUAUUUAUAAUAUAAAGUGCUGCAGGGAUAAUUUUUGUAGUCCAACUCAGAAGUUAGCACCCGGUUCCUUUAACAAUAGAAUAAGCUCUGUAGCGAGUAAAGAUUUAUGAUAUAUAUUUAUUUAUUUUUAAGCAUAAAUGCGAUCGCCAGAGGUAAAAAGCCACGACCACUAAAGUUCCGACUUGUUAUUAAAUCUUGCAAUAACAAUGUGGGUGGGAAGUUUGAGUUUGCAAGAGCACAAGUUUUUACACAAGUCUGUAAAGGUGGACUAGUAAGUCUCAUUUAGCCCCUUUUUAGCAUCUGCCUUUUUUAAGACAUUUAAAAGCAUACUUUAUGCUGUAAAAGAAAGCAUGACAUCUCCUAACCACAAACCUUAUUUCAGACAUUUAACCAAAAACCCAUUGACUUUGAAAUGAGGGAACCAGUGAAGUGAACAUUCCUUCUGCACUCUAUUGCUCGUGUUACAUAAUUUGUUACAUUCUGAGUAUGAAUAAUCAGAACUCAGUGCCAUUAUUCCUGGAAGCACAAGCCACAUCUUUAUUAAUUUCAAUCAACUGGAAUUCUUUAAGAAGAAGAUUUACAGAGUAAACAGAAUUAUGUCAUGCUCCAUUACACCUCACUGAUCUGGAAACACAGCACGGAUCCAUUGUCACCAUAUGGAGUCAUUAUGGUAAACUUGUUAGCAAGCAGUUGUGUAUACAUCCAACACAGAGAAACCUUAGCAUUCAUUAUGUUUUCAAGGUUAAUUGCUAACUUUAUCUCUCUGCUGUUUGGUGCUGAGCUGAAAAUGUACAGUUGGUUUUAUCUGAGAAAACAUCUGCCAGCUGCAAGACACCAAAAUGCUUUGUAGAGCUGAGGGCAUCUGCAAAGAUGUUGAUAAUUCUCUGUUGGUUCAUUGAGCAACAACUUUUACCUUACACAAAAUGAUGUGACCCAUAGUUAAAAUACCCCUCCAGCCUUUAAAAAGAAAACUUUAGAGUGUGGAAAUUAAACUUUUUUUGCAGAA